AUGCAAUGCAAUUUUGAAUCGUCCAUGUGUGGCUGGACCUCCGACAAAACCACCUUGAAACAUUCCUUGGGACAAAUUACGGCGACGAAAGUUUGGAAACUGCUGGAGACAGGUCAGGCAAGAAUGCCGAAGAUUCUGUACGACAAGUCAUCAUCUGUUGGAAACGGAAAUUUCGCCUACAUCCACUUUGCUCCAGCAUUCUCCUCCUCUUCCUCCUCCUCCUUCGACUCAGGCCUCCUCAUCAGCCCUCCAUUUUCAUCGGCACAAUCUGAAGAGCUCUCUUUCACUUUCUGGUUAGUCUUCGUUUUUUCAUCGAAGCUUGUACCCUCUAACACUUCCUCCUACUGUUCAACUUUUUUUUCUACAUUAUUUUGUGCCAGCUAA